CACUUCGGCUAACAGUUCCAUUCCACCCACGUCACUCUUCCGCAUGCGCUAGCGGCGAUGGACUGGAGCUCUGUGUACGACAACAGCGGUGAGGAAGUAGGCAACUGGGAGGACUACGGCGAGACACGUUCGUCCCGCAAUGCGCACCGCCUUCUGCACCGCCAGGCGUCUCUCCCUCUCGUCAAACAGCAGGAAACCAGCGCGCAGUAUUCGCCCCUUGUGGCCUACGCCUUCACAGUCAACUACAUCUUGGGCGUAGGCUCACUGGGCAUCCCCUACGCGUUCUACCGUGCUGGCCUAGUAAUGGGCAACGUUAUGAUCGUCCUAGUCACGCUGCUGUCGUAUAUGACGGUCAUGUGGGUCUGUGAGAGCGUCGCCAGGGCUCGCGAAGCCUUCGUUAUCAGCUUUUUAUUGGACGAAACAACGGCACUCAAGGCCUCAUCCCAAUCCACCACAUCCAGAAGCAGUGUAUCCAUGGAAUACGAUGAUUUCCCAGAGGUUACGCAGCUCUGUGACAGAUUUUUGGGUCCUGCAGGCUCUAAAAUGUACCAGAUCUCCCUACUAGGCCUCAUGUACGGAGGCCUGGUGGGAUACAGUCAAGUUUUCGUCAAUACUUUCUUGACUCAGGUGGACCAUAUUGGAAAUUGGGAGCUCUCUAGCGUCCAUGCAGCCAUCGUAUUCGCCUGUAUCGUCCUACCACUGUCCUGUUCGGACCUGACAGAACAGAUUUACGUCCAAUUGACCAUGUCGGUGGUACGAUUCGCAGCGCUAUUGAUUAUGAUCUUUAGUGCUGCGUACGCGGUUUAUGCAGACCCGUACGACAGCGGAGCAGAGUUUAAAGCUAGCUCAGAGUCGCCGUACGUUAGCGAAUAUUCGCUCGUGGAUGUGACAGGAUUCGGUGUCAUGUUUAGUACUGGUGUGUUCUCGCAGUUAUUUCAGCAUUCAGUACCGGGAUUAUUGGCUCCUCUGGGUGUCAGGAACCAGGAGAAAGCCUCAAGAAUUUUCAGUAGUACGCUGCUUACUACGAUGAUGUUUUACAUCGCGCUUGGAUCGAUUUGCUCGCUGUAUUUCGGACCAAAACUGGCGACGAGCGUGAAUUUGAACUGGGCCGAGUUUACGUGGGGAAUCAACGAGUCCAUGACGCUCGUGCCGCUGUGGGCGAAAGCUCUGUCGAUGAUCGUCGUGGUGUUCCCUGCUCUCGACACUUUGAGCGUGUUCCCACUCAUCUCAGUGACACUAGGAGACAAUAUGGCAGCCGUAUUACCAAAGAAAUGGACUCAAGGCAGCAGAUCGACGUGGAAACUUUUGUGUCGAUUCGGAGCGGCUGUGCCGCCUCUACUGAUAUCCAUGUUCGUGUCGGACUUGUCUGUUACGCUCCAGAUCAGUGGACUUAUGGGGAUUUACGUGGCGUUUUUCGCUCCAGCUUUACUACAAUUGCAAGCGAGCCGCGAGAUACCCAACAACAACGUCUACAGCGGGAGAUUCAGCGGGAUUGCCUACGUGUAUGGUGUGCUGGUGUUUGGCAUGCUGGCACUACUCGUUCUGCUCUACCAACUCAUGCUUCAAAUUGCCGGUGCGUGAUUGUAACCGGAUUUGUAUAAUUUUCAGUGCCGCUGUGUCUAAGUACAGCUAGCAGAUGUAGCAAUUCUGCGUCGAUGAGGCAAGAGGUUCGAGUAUCGGUCGAUCUAGCAGCCUCUUCCCUGCUCGACUCACGGUUGCUGAAAUGGAAAUGGAAAUGAAUAUGUAUUGCUUGAAAACGGGGAGGUUGUUACUCUUCUCUUAACGUUUGAGGUGGUUGAUGUAGCGCAGCGAGAACAAGGCGAGCACACGGAAGGCCACGAUCAAGAUGAGAAGAAUCAGAACGUUUCUCCAAAUGUCGUCCUGCUUCAUGUCAAAGUUGUCUUCAACGUACGCCUUCAACGUCACAUCACCGACAGAAGGAGGAGAGUUCGCCAGCUUCCUACAGCCGAUGCCGUCUGCACUUCCGUCGGAGCAGUCGGCGAACACAAGAGCGAUUAAGAUCGCGAUCGUGUAGGUGGGCGGCGAGAUGUAGUGGACCCACUUGUAGCCGGUUGGAAUACUGCUGGCUGGAGGGUUGUAACCAGCGAACAACAAGAAAAUUCCACUGAAGAGCGAUCCGAGAGUAGCUGCCACAGCGACACUGGGCAGCGCGAACACCAAGAGUUGGCCCAAGUACACGAACACGAGCGUAUUCAGCGAGAUGACGAGCCAGUAAUAGACGAACGUGGCGUAUCCCGUGAAGCCGACACUGGGGAAGAAGAUAACGCAGAAGACCAGACUCGCGACGAAGAUGUAGGGGAUUUCCACCAGAGUUCCGGCGAUGAAGUACCACAACGCGUUGUACGUUUCAGACGCUCGUUCACGGUAGAAGGCGGUGCGUUCCUCGGCAGCUACUGGCAUGACGUUGUUGAAGCCG